AUGAAAAAUAGUCCGUGGGUGAGACGACUGGAGGUCGAGAACGGUUUCGAAGAAUGGGAGCUGAAGAUGAUGGCUACCGAUCCCGAUCUGCAGGGACAAGGUCUUGCUGGCUAUAUGAUGACAUUGGUGGAAGAUGAAGUGAUCCGCAGGUUCUCGGAGAAGCAGUUUACCAACACUACAACCCACGGCGACCUGGCCAAGAGGCUCAAGAUCACGCUCAGCACACCGGCCGAGGUUACUGGUUCGUUCUACCUACGCACAGGGUACAAGUUGGACUACGAGAAUGAGAGAGGCGAAGGGCAUAACUUCCAUAUUGCGUUCAUGUCCAAAGAAAUCAUCAUUCCUGCAUUGGAGUAG